GACUGCUCACAUCCGGUGUUUUAUUGCUCCGCAGGCGACACAAAUAGGUGAGUGUCCGUUAGCAGCUCACACUAAGCCCAGCCCGACACACACACACACACACACACACGGAGGGAGUGUGACCGUGAGCAGAGUACACGUAGACCGACUCGAUCAAUUAUGAAUUUCUUCCUGGAAACAAUCCAAGUGCUCCUGCUCUCCAUCUGGUACAAUGUGGAGUCCUUCAUCCACCUCUUUGUGCCCAGGAAGAGGAAGAACAUAGCCGGCGAGGUGGUGCUGAUCACGGGGGCAGGCAGCGGAAUCGGUCGCCUCAUGGCUCAGGAGUUUGCGUCUCACGGCACCGUGGUGGUGCUGUGGGACAUCAACCAGGAGGGAAUGAAGGAAACGGCUAAACUGGCCAAACAGAGUGGAGCCAACAAAGUCCACUACUAUCUGUGUGACUGCAGUGACAGGAACGAGGUUUACAGAGUGGCCGACCAGGUGAAACGAGAGGUGGGUGACGUCAGCAUACUGGUGAACAAUGCCGGGAUUGUGACGGGAAAGAAGUUCAUGGAUGCUCCCGACUCUCUGAUCGAGAAGACGGUGGAGGUCAACUCCAUGGCUCACUUCUGGACGUACAAGGCCUUCCUUCCUGCUAUGAUUGCCAACAAUCAUGGACAUCUGGUCAGCAUCGCCAGUUCUGCUGGACUUAUAGGAGUCAAUGGAUUGGCAGACUACUGUGCCAGUAAGUUUGCAGCAGUAGGCUUUGCAGAAUCAAUUGCUCUGGAGCUGCUUGCAAACGGGAAAGACGGCAUCAAAACCACCAUCGUGUGUCCGUAUUUCAUCAACACUGGGAUGUUUGACGGAUGUCAAACUAAGUGGCCAUCUUUGCUGCCAAUCCUGAAGCCAGACUAUGUAGCCAAGAAGAUCAUCCAUGCUGUGCUCACAGACCAGGUGUAUCUUAUGAUGCCCAAGAGCAUUUACCUCAUCGCUUCCCUCAAAAAUGUCCUACAGUGGAAGGUCAUCGUCCUCCUCGGCUAUUACCUGGGACACGCAACGGAAGUAGACUGCUGCACUAACCGCUGUCUGCAGCGCAAAGUGCUCUAACACAUCUGACGGACUGUUGAGAUGUUGUACUACCUGUACUCCUGUCCACGAUGAAGUUACUUUGAUCCGAGGAACACAAUGUUUAUUUGAAGAGGAUCGUUGAGGCUUUCUGAAGUGUGCUUGACAGUAUCAUAAAUAUGGAAACUGUCUCAUUGAAAACGUGGUUGCAAUGGGGGACACAUGAGAAUAUAUCUCAAGGUGUUCACUGCUUCAUAUUUCCAUUAGUCCGUCUCAGGAUAGUAAUGUUUGUAUACUGUUCACUCUCCCACACCAAAGUUGUUUAUUAGCUCACGGGUUAAGUUUGUGUCACAUGGGUGAAUCUAAUAAAAGUAUUUCAAACAUUUGAACUUACUGACCUGGACAGCCGUCGGCCAACAACUGUGAUUUUCUCAGACACAGAGAAUAAACAUUUUUUUAAUACAUUGCCCACUUUAGCAGGCAUAGGUUUUUUUAGUUCUGUCUUUUGUUGGUGGCUAAACUCAGUAUUUCUUUGUGUCCUCGCUGGCAGUGAGCCUCUGUAUCUCUGGUCUUUUAAUAAUAUGCUUUCUUCACAUUGUCUACGCACUUUAUAUGUAAGAGCACCCACCAUGUCGUUACUAUGGUGCUUGUGGUUUUAGCCUGCGUCUAAGGAGGCAUCCCCUCACCAGCUACAUUGUUCUGUAGAGUAGAUCGACAGCAGGUUUAGUUUCACAUCCUGUGUUUGACACAUAAACAACCCUCACCGUUUCACUGUCACUAAACCUGUUUGUUGUGUCACCAAGAAACAAACCGACUCCAGUGUAUUUGUGACUGCAAGCAGCAGGAGGAUCGUUUUUAUUGUCUUGUACUGGCUCGGACAGGUCAGUGCGUCACAGGCCGAUUUAAUGUAAAGAGUCAUUUGAAUGAAUGGAUGCUCUUUUUAUGCUGCUUUCUGCUGUCUGACCUUGCAAAGUGUUAAAUAAAGAUUGUCUAUUUUGCCACA